GAGAGGGUGCCCUUUUUUAUUAUUAUUUUGCCAGCGUCUCGCUUCCUCUUCCCAAAGAACCCCGCGGCGUGGGUGGCGCAAAGAAAGAAUCUGCCCUGGGGUGGUUUUCAUUUCAUUUUUUUAAUUAUAACGUUCUCCGAUUUCGUUUUUGCCAAGCCCUGAAUGGACCGGGUCUUGUUGCGCAGAAGGAUCCGGGGAUGGGGGACCUAUUUAAAUAAGUGCCAAUGAUAAAACUGUGCAGGGAAGCCUUGUGUUCCACCUUUGGGACAUCCGAUUCUAAAAGAGGGCUGUCCUUUCUCUCCACCUUGGCUUCAAGAUGUCUGCUCCCUCAGCUGGUUGUGAUGGAGAGAUGCCGUGGUCAAACUGAGUCCCUGCUUUGUGCCUUAACCUGCAGCUUUAUCUCUCAUUGUCUUUGGAUCUCUUCAGAAAGUGGACGGCACCCUUCAGUUUCUUGAAGACCUGUUAGUCUCUUUUAGUCAUGGGGCCUGGCCUAUUAAUUGCAUCACUUUUACCUGUCUGCAUUUUGCUACUUGCCGUGAAUUCUCAGAACUUCAUCAAGAAACCGAAGGAACAGAAGAUGGAGCACAGGCUUCUGAUUAAUGAGGUCAAUGCCGAUAAUCCGGGGGAAGACACCUCUGAGUAUGUGGAAUUGUAUCACACCAGUGGGCAACAGGUCCCUUUGGAUGGCUACUCCUUGGUCUUCUACAAUGGCAGAGGCAACAUGGCCUACAAAGUCAUGGAUCUUAAGGACUUUUCCACCAAUAACCAAGGCUUCCUCCUUAUUGGAUCCUCCACAGUGGUUCCAAGACCGGCAGUGAUCAUUCCAAGGAACACAAUCCAGAACGGGCCAGAUGCUAUCGCUCUCUAUUAUGGGAGGCUGGACUUGUAUGAGAAAAUGAAUGUUACCAGUGAAGGGCUGGUGGAUGCUUUGGUCCAUAAGUCUAAAGAGAAUGACCGAGCAGAUGAGCUGGUCAGUGUCCUGACCCCAGGUGUGGAGCCUUUCUUGGAGGACCCUUUUUUCAGGACCAUGGAUGAGUCACUGGAAAGAUGCCACGGCACGGAUUAUUCUCAGUUGUUCUUCCAAGUGGGCGCGCCAACCCCUGGCUUGGAUAAUCACUGUAUUCCCUUUUCGCAGCUGAACGCCUCUGUUGUGUUGAUCAACGAGGUUAAAGUGACCUCCUCCCCUGGAGAAUGUGAGUUUAUAGAGCUGCAAGGGCCUCCUUCCACUGAGGUGAAGGACCUGGUGCUGGUGUUGAUUGAGGGGACGACUCAAGAGAUUUACUUCAUCAUGGAGGUGCACGGCAAAACGUCUCUUGAUGGGCUGCUUCUCCUUGGCACAGACCAAUCCAGAAUUCCAGUUGACCUGACAUUCCCCCCAAAUUCCAGCAGUCCCCUCUUCAGAACAGGUACCAAUGCCAUUGCCCUAUACAGAGGAUCCAACGGCAGUUUUGCCCUACGGGCUGCCGCAACAGCAACGAACCUCCUGGAUGCCUUGGUUUACACAACGAUGGAGGGCACCGAUUUGAAGCUGCGGGACGUCUUGACCCCCGGGAAACCCCUCUUCUAUGUGAGAGAGCGAUCCCAUCAGAACGAUACAUCUGUGAACCGGUGUGUCUGCUGCUCCACCACCCGUGAUUCCUCUGCCUAUUCUCUUGGCAACCCCACACCUCGACAAUUCAACGACUGCCCCAAGAGGCGCUUUGGUCAAGAAAUUUCCUUGUGCCUUCAAGCACCAGAUUGCCAGCAAGAGAUUCUGGAGAAAAGCCAGAUCCAGAUCUCUUUGUCCCAGGUCCUAGAUAAGCGGUGCAACUGCGGAAUCUCUCCCAUUUAUUUCAAAGAUCCUGCUGUAACAUGCAACGGCAUGGAACUGGUGUUCACGGCUGUCCUGACUGCCAGAUCAGCAGAACAGCUUACUAAGCUGCUUCAGGCCUUCUCAAUCGCCUUGGAGAGCGAGGAGGUGAUGAACUUUGGGAAGUGGAACAGCACGGUGCGAAAGGCUUGUCCGAGCCACGCGAACAUGACGGAGACAACUCCAGCACUAACAUCGGAGAGUCCGAGGAUGACCACAGCGCCUCCAAUUCCGCCGAUGGAGCUGCUCAUCAACGAAGUGAAUCCAGACAACCCGGGCUCACGGGAGGACAUGGAGUACAUCGAGCUCUUUUACCCUGGGCAAGUACCAUUUGAGCUCCGGGACUACUGGCUCGUCCUCUACAACGGCAAGAACAACUUGGCUUACUCGGUGAUAGACCUGUCAGGCCACAGUACUGAUGCGCGGGGCUACUUCCUGGUGGGUAGCGCCAGGGUAACCCCCAAGCCCUCAAUUGUUCUACGUGACAACACCAUCCAGAAUGGAGUGGAAGCCGUGGCCCUCUAUCAUGGCCCAAGGGACGCCUUCAAAAUGAACACGCCCCUGACGUCCAAGGGGUUGGUGGACGCCGUGGUGUACAAGGCCCGGGGCUCGGAGAACCCAGACAAGCUGCUUGCUGUUCUCACCCCGGGCCAGAGCAUCCUGUACGAGAACGACUCUCACAGCACUGAAGACGAGUCUCUCAGCCGAUGUUUCAGUCUGAGGCCCAGGAACCAAAGCAGCUUUCAGAUGACGGAACUAACCCCUUUCCGGGAAAAUGCUUGCCCGCCUCUCGGCUCGAAUUCCACAGGGGAGACACCCCACCAACAUUCCGUCGUCAUCAACGAACUGGACAUGGCCAACACCAGCAUUGUGCACCGGUUCAUCGAGCUGAAAGGGAAACCCGGGACCAGCUUGGAAGGAUACCGUUUGGUUUUUUUUGCUAAGCCCAAUGUCGUACCGUAUGCCAAUAUCCAACUGGAGGGCACAUUUGGAAGCAACGGCCUGUUCCUUCUUUUACCAGAAGGACAAUCCAGGCCUGGCGAGGCUCAUGAGCAAAUGGUAACUCCUUUAUGGAGCCAUCUUCCCUCUCAGUUGGGGAUCCAAGUUGUUGCGCUUUUCAGCCCUAGGACACAAUUCCCAAACCAACUUUUAACUACUGCGAAGAACGUGGAAGAUACUGUGGCUUAUGCGUGGCAGCCCAGUGCCAUCCAAGGCCAUCUUGGUUUUCUUGAGACUGUCCACUUCAUAUCCCAGAAAGGAAAAAGGCCGUUCUCCUUGAGCCGCUGCCCUUCCUGCAAGGAGACCUUUGCCGUCUCUGAUCCCACACCUGGCUUGCAGAACAGCUGCCCUCGAGACUCUCUUUCUGUGGAUCUUGGGAUGUGCCUGCAAACGCCCAAUUGUUCCAUGUGGCGUUGGAACCCGACAAUACUGGCCAACCUCCGACAAGCAUUGGCAGCAUCCAUGGAACAGAGCUGUUUGUGCAGCAUCUCUCCGUGCUAUCUGCAAGGGCUUAAUUUUACCUGCCUUAAUUCCACCCUGAAACUCUCUGGCCAGGUGUGGGCCAGGUCACCUGAGCAACAGCAGCUUCUCAUCAAGUGGCGGUCUAGCUUCUCCGUCAGUCCCCACCUAUUUAUUGUGGAUGGGAGACCCCUGAAAGCAAAUGCAACGUGCUUCCCUCCGGAUGUAACAGUGUUGAAGUUUGAAGCUUCAUUUCAAGCUUGGCAGAUUGCUCUCACUAUCUUGGGGUCCGUCCUGCUUGUACUGCUGUUAGCCGGUGCAGCUUUUUACUGGAUCAAACGGCGGCCUCAGAAUUACAGCAACAUUGAGCUGAAUGACCGCUGCGAGAUUAUGGCUGACAUGUGAUGCUGCCGGCGACUUCCUGACUGGGAAGCGGGACGUUUCUGUCACCGAUAAGGAACAGCAAAACCAUCACAAAAUAGCUGCCCGGCAUUUGCACCGAUGAAUCCAGAAUGUCACGUCGCUUGUUUUAAAAGCCCAAGGCUGAUUUGUGAUGCUUAGGGCUGGCCCUACGGUGAGGCAGAGUGAGGCGGUCGCCUCAGGCAGCAGAUGCUGGAUGGCUUGGAGGGGCAGCAGCAGCAGGCCUUCAGCCAUUCCAAAUUUUAUGUUUCAGGUGGCCUGCUGUUUCCCCCCCAAACUAGCCUGCUGUCUUCUGGUGUGGCUGAGGAUGCCGUCCCAUCACCUGCGUCCAGGGAGGAUUCAGCUGCCCACCCAGUUGGCUUCUGGGGGUGGAAUGAGGGCGCAUCUUGUCCUCCAUCCCAAACAACUCCUGAUUUGCAUGCAGAAGGUCCCAGGUUCAUCCCUCCCUUAACCCCCAAUCAUUUCCCCCCAACCACCGAUUGGUGGUUCCCUGAUUAUUAUUUUUUUGCAGCUGUUCCCCCCAUUCUAAAACAUUGAAACACCUCCCCAAAGGCUUAAUUACUGAGCAGUAAGAGCCUUGAGUUAAAUAUGCUGGUAUUUUGGCCACUUUGCCUUUGCUCCCACCCCAUUUUGUCUCUGACCCCUGCUCCAAAGCAGCAUUCAGGUUUCAGGCUGAAAGAGGUUCUCCCUACCUGAUUUGGAAGGAUGAGGUAGGUGGUGAUGGAAACACGCCUUCUGCUUGAGGCCCAGGAAUCUGCUGCCUGGGCAAGAUGGCCAAAUCGUCUCAAAGCAGUGCUCCUACCCCUCAACAGCAAAGCCCAAUGCCUGAGCAAAAAAUCCCAACGAAAUAUAUCUAUCUAUAUCUCCUUCUUUACCUCUUCCUUUGAAAUGAGAGGCUUUCCUUCUCUCAUUUCUGCCUCGGUUCCUUCUGCCUCAUCUCAGCUGCAACCUUGCACCAGAGUUUUCUGGUUGUCGUUGUUUUAAAUUGUCUCUAUAUCAGGGAUGUCGAACCUCGGGACCAUACCCAAACUUUGGCCUGUCUGGCGUCUUAAUCCACCCCUCUGAGGUUCCCUAGACGACUCCACCUGCUUUCCCUGGCUCACCUCCAAUCCCCUAUCAAUGACUGCUUAGUGGCUUUGCAGUUGUUCCCCCCCCCCCCACCCAUUCUAAAAGAUUGAAAGGCCUCUCCUAAGGCUGUAACUAGCAGUAAGACCUUUUAAGUUAAAAUAUACUGCUAUUUUUGGUAUGUUUGGCCUCUUGACUUUGGCCAUGCCCACCAAUAGAAUGCCCCUCCCAAACUUCUUCAAAAUUGAAUGUGCCCGUUGUUCCCCACCCCAAAAUUGGUGGUUUGAAUGCAAGCUAAAUUUGGUCUUUCUGCAGCUCCAUAGCUGUUCUCUGCUGAAUUUUGGCAAUUUCCACCCCUGUGGUGAAGCAGCAGGGAAGGGGGGAGGAAAUUGCCCCUUGAAUCCCAGACGUUUUCCACUCCUGAAAUAUAGGGUGCUUCGCCAUGGAGGGUUCCUAAUGCUACUGACCAAGACAUUGUGCAGCGAUUCUGUUAUUUCCUCCUUAAUAGAUUUGUGUAUGUGUGUGUGGAAAGAAAAACGCUGGAAGAAGCCAUGGGGGAAACGUGGGAGGCUUACAAGCAGAUUGUGUCACCCAGCCUCCCUGUAAAAUCCUGUGAAGGAGGCAGAGUGAUUGCAUGAUAAAGGGCUUCAUCUGGAAUCCCCCAGGACAUUUUUCGAUUUGAUUUUCUGCCAUUGUUCUGCCAUGCAGCUCUCCAAGGGAAUACAAGCCAUGUACACUCGCUUUUCUUUUACGUCCCCCUUCGUCUCUCCCAAUAACCUGGACUCUACAAGGAAGGAUAAAACAGCUCGAAAGGGAGUGGUGGCAACCACCAAGCACAUUCUCAAUAAAGUGUUUUGCUUUACGGA